AUGCGAUCCACCUCCGCGCUCCUCGUCCUCGCCACGCCUCUGCUCACUUUUGCCCUCGCCUUACCCCAACCACAAGAUCCACAGGCCUUCACACUCUCCUCCGCCAACGAUUCCACCACGACAACUACCACUCCCUCCAAUUCCACAAACCACGACGACGAAACCUCCCUUGGCGGCAAAGAUGAAGACGGUCCCAUCUCCUGCGACGAGUUCAGCACGCGCACCUCCCCGCAUGCCUACGAGUGCAUCUCCGCAAUGCAGCUCCUCCCACUUGCCCUUCUCGACAUCAUAACCUUCACCAACGACGACGGCCCAACUUCUUCCAAGACCGUAAAGCUGCCGGAUAUCUAUCGCGCGGGCAAGUGCUUCAUUACGAUUGAUUUUGCGUCGCCCAGCCAGCCGAGGCUAGAUGGGUCUACUAAUGGUACUGCUAAUGGGGCGGGGACGGUAGUGGAGAGUGGGGGGACGUCUGCGACGUCUAAAAGACAAGCAACAGCUGAUACACUAACUGAUAUUGCGACCUGGACUGAGAUGCAGAAUGCGGCUCAGCAAUUGCUUACGGGUGAGUAUGUGGGAAAGCCUUUGAGAACUGGGGGGACGUUGAAAGGGUUGGGGAGGGCGAAGAAGAUGCAGUUGACUUUUGGGAAGAAUCAUUGA